AUGAAUCCGUCGCGCCCUGGAGGGUAUGGUGCGCGGUCAGGCCGGUACGGAGGGGCAGCAGGAACCCCCGCGGGCGCGGGCAAGGGGCCCGGCGGACCGUCGUCGCGCAGCAAUGCGGCGCUGCAGGCGCAGCAGAGGCUCCGCGCGCUCAUGUCGAACACGUCAGACGAAUCCCAAGACGACUACAGCAGCCAGGUGCGCGCGCUGUCUGCGUGUGCGCGCGGGUCGUCCGGCGGGGGAAUGCGCCAGCCCCCCACUGGGGGCGCUAUGGGGCGCACGCGGCCAGCAGGGGGCGGAUAUGACGCGCCCGACCCCAUGGGGGACCCGUACCGAGGGGGGGGGCGGCAUGGGCGGAUACGACAUGGGACGACGCCCUCCUCCGCGCCUCGUUUCACCCCUCUGCACCGCCCUCGUCGCUCUGGCAGGGAUACAGUAGCGUCCCGGCAGGAGAUGGAGAGCAUCAAGCGCGAAUCAGCCAAGCUCAAGGACGAUGUAAGAGCAGCCUAUCUCCUUUCCCAAGCCACCAUGGCUUCCACUCCUACAGCAACCACUUCUCGUACGCCACCCUCAGAGUCUCCUGGUAGUUCCGCUGGUGGGACCUCUUCUAGUACGUCUUUGGUCUGCAUGGACAGCAAGCACGCAGUCUACCGUCACUUCAAGGUGCCGGCCAAUAGCGUUGGCGAGAACGGCACCAAGGUGUGUGCCUACUGCAACUUCACGUUUGUUGGCGGGGUUCACCGUCGCGCGCAGCAUAUCACCAGCUGGAACGGCAUGCGCCGUCGCGAAGUGCAUCUCUGCACUGCAGCGCCGAAGACUGCACGUGACGCCGUGAAGGCGCUUUACGAGUCCAAGUUGAAGGCCCGUGAAGCGAAGCGUGCGGCUGAAAUUGCGGCGGUCGGCGCAGUCAACGGCAGAGGUUCGGACAAGAAGAAGAGUCGGAUGACCGACUUCUACGGCGACGACGCCGCGUGCGCGAACCAAGCUGCGGACGAGGCCAUAAGCCUCUUCUUUGCCGCUCUUCAUGUGCCGGAGCAUCACGCGGACCACCCACUGUGGCGGAAUGUGGUCUCCAGCAUCCAGCGCGCGGGGCCGAAUUACGUCGCGCCGAAGAGACGCUACAUCGGUGGCGCCGGUCUUGCAAAGUGUCGCCAGCGCAUUGAGGCGGCGCUUGCUCCUAUCUCAGCAAGCUGGCACCGUGACGGUGUCACCGUGGCAAGCGACAUGUUCUCCGACAAGACCGGCCGCCCGCAAGCCAACGUGCUCCUCAUCAACGAUAGCGGUGCGGUGUUUGUGGAGUCGAUCGACACGAACAUGGAGAUGAAGACCGGGGGCUACAUCGCGGGCACCUUGCGGCCCAUCAUUGAAAAGGUCGGCCCCGAGAAUGUCGUCGCCUUGUGUUUUGACGGCGGCUCCAACUACGCGGCGGCAUGCAGGGUGUUGAUGCGCGAGUAUCCCCACAUUGAACACAUCCCUUGCGCGACCCAUGUCCUCGAUCUCCUGAUGGAGGACAUCGGGAAAAAGGGAUGGGCGAAGGACAUCACCACGCGCGGGGACACCCUCAUCUCGUUCGUCCGCAACCAUCACUUCACCCGGGGAUACAUGCGGAGUCCGCUCGUGAACGGCGGCAAGGGGAAACAGGUUCUCAAGCCCGCGGGAACCCGAUUCGGCACCAACUACAUCGCCAUCAACCGCCUCUGUGAAGUGCGCGCCGGCCUGACGCAGAUGGUCCUCAGCGAUGAGUGGGUCGAGUGGACUGCGGCUGCAGACAGGGCUGGGGCAGACACAUUCAAAGACAACAUCCUCGAUGCCGCGUGGUGGACGCGCGCCGAGUUCUUCGCUAAGCUGAUGAGGCUGCCAUUCGUCGUCAUGCGCAAGACUGACUCGGAUUCGAAGGGCAUGAUGGGUCGUCUCUACGACCUCAUGCUCCAGCUCACCGAGGACAUCCGCGACUUCCUCGACGAGCAUGCGGAAGGGGUCCUGACAAGCGACGAGGUGGGGGAUAUUCGGGAGAUCGUGCAGGACCGCUGGGACAACGGGCUGGCGUGCAACCUGCACGUGAUUGGCCGCAUCCUCUACCCCACCAACCAGGAAGAGUGCAUUUUCCGCACCGACCUGGAGUGCACGAGGGUCUUCAAGCAGUACGUCUCCAAGCACCAUGGUGACAAGACGGUCAUCAGGAAGGACGGGGUCGAGCGCCGCGCCUCUCUCGUCAUCCAGGAAGGCCUCAAUGCCUUCCUGAACCUCCAACGCAGCUUCGGCAUGCCCGACGCUAUUGCCGACCGCUAG